UUUUUAUAACUGCUGCCGAGUGCAAGUUUUAUGACUUUUAUAUUGAGUUUAUUAGUUAUUAAGAUAUUAUAAUGAAUGCCAGUGCUGUUGAUGAAGAUUGCCAAACAUUAUCUCCUACUCAAGAAAUUCUUAGCCCACGGAAACGAAUGCGUUUAGAAAACUCUGCGCGUAAGAGCUGGAGCCUGAUGGACCGUAGGACGGAUACAGAAGUUUUGCAAGAAAUGGGUGUCAGUUUAUUAGAACAAGAUGAUAGUGAAAUACAAUGUGAAACUAUUAAUACUAAUACUAAGAGUCUAAAGAGAAAACAUGACAUAGAGAAUGUAAAUCCAAAUGUAAACUAUGUGGCAUCACCAAAGAGUUGUAAUACUAAAUAUGCUAAGACAAAGCCUAGUCCCUGCCCCGGUACUUCAAAAAUUAGCCCAAGGAGUUGUGAGAAAGCUCCUCUCCAAGAGAUCCUAGAAACAUCAUUCACAGAUGAAUAUCUGAUUGAAGAAGAGACCCCAUUAAAUCAAAUAGGAGCAGACUGCUAUACUAAAGGAGGAUACAGUGUAACCAGUACUGGAGGAAGAAAGCUUAACACUACAUUAAUAGGUGUUGAAGAAGAAGCGAUAAUAUCCCGUCGAUCACGAGGGGAGCCCCAAGGAGAAGAUUCCUUUCGUUCCUUAUCAGAUGAAGUCAUACUUAGUGUUUUCAAAUGGCUUCCCAAGAGGACACUCGCUCACUGUAUGAUGGUUUGCAAACGGUGGUAUAGAGUAGCGUGCGAUGAAACACUAUGGCAAAGACUGGACCUAGGAAAUAAGACGUUAUCUAAGAACUCUAUCGGCAGGAUUUUAAGUCGAAAACCUGUUAUUUUAAGACUGUCUAGCUCUGAGAUCGGGACAUGGCAACCAGAAACAGUGACCCCAUCCCGACUUCAGUAUUUGGAUCUCAGUAUGUGUUCAAUUGAUUGUGAUACACUCGAAUGUUUGUUGGAACACUGUCCGGCGUUGCGGAAGCUCAGUGUUGAGAACUUGAGUUUAAGUAGACGGGCCUUGGGUUUAAUAGGUAAAUGUAGUUAUAUGGAAACGUUAAAUUUAGCGAUGUCUCAAGGAAUAGAUGAGGCUGGUCUUAGAGAUAUACUCAAAGGAUGUACCAAUUUACAAUCGCUGAACAUAUCGUGGUGUAAUUUAGCAGAGAGUACUCUCCAGGAACUGGUUGAGACGCUCCCGCAGAAGUUGCUGAGGCUGAAUAUCAGCGGUGCUAGGAAAAUGACUGAUGAAAUGGUAUCAGCUUUAGUGACGCGAUGUCCCCGUCUUCUCGAAUUGGAUCUGUCGGAUUGUUCUUCACUGGGAAAGGACGCGCUGACCGCACUGCUUCCGCUGUCGAGACUCGAGCAUUUAGCACUAAGCCGAUGUUACUUAUUACCACCGCAUGCGCUUACUAAGCUGAGUAGUAUGUCAUCCCUUCAGUAUUUGGAGGUAUGGGGGAUGUUACCUUCGACAUCUCUUAACGUGCUCAAAACCACUCUACCAGCUAUACAAGUUAACAAAUUCAUGUUCAGCGCAAUAGCACGACCCACAAUUGGUACGAAACGUACAUCUAUAUGGGGACUUCGUACGAGAGACUGAAAUACCUAACCAAAUUAAUAAUGUAUACUGUAGAAAUGUUAAUGUUUCAAACCCCCUUACAGAGUAGCCAGGCAGGUAAAAACUUUUCUACAAUGGGGCCGUUCAAGUAUUACGUAAGCAGAUUUAACCUUCCCCUCCCCUCCUCUCCUCUUGUCACCAAAAGUAAGCAAAGCUCUCUUGCAGGAAUCCUCGAGAAUGCAUUUCGUUUUCAAACAUAGACAAUGUGUAAAAAUAUAAAUAAUAAUUACUGUUGACGUAAUAAGAAAUCAAAGAACCUUCCCCCUAAAUGUGUGCUUCCGUAAUAUUUGAACGGCCCCAAUGUAAUAGUUUAAUUUGUUAAAGAUUCACAUCUUUAUGACAGGGUAACAAACCAAACAUUUAUAUCCGUUUCAUAUGUUUGCCAAUCUUUAAAAACUAACAGAUUGUAAAUUUUAUAAAUAUUUAUUGAUUUCUCAUUUAGAUAGUAUUGAGGGAAAGCUAAAAUUCAUAGACAAAUUAUUUGUCAUAUUUUGGUAUGAGACUUCGGAGCUUUUUGAUAAUAUUUAUUUUAAAUGAAAGCGCUGCAGAAAGUCAGUCAAAAUAACGAUUUAUAAAAACACUAAUUACUCUUAUUAUAUAUUAAGUACUGAUCUUUCUCAUGAAGAGACAAAGAUUUAUAAAAAAGAUGGUUUGUCUCUGGAUCUUAGCCUAAGAACGGAAUCGUACGAGAGACUCGGAAGGUGAGUGUAAGACAGAGAAAGGUAUAUUUUAUCAAUUGUAUCGUUCCUAUAUUGCGGACUGUAUUAUUUUGGGAUGGUCUGAACAUUGUAUAUUCAAAGAUUUAUAUAAUAGGUAUUUUAAGUAUAUUUAUAAGAAAUGGUUUUGGGUAGGUCCACAGAUAACACAGCACUGCCAUGUCAAACUAUGAAUUUGACAAAUCAACUCAAUGUUAUUUUAAGCUUAAAAAUAAAGUAUUUACGAAUGUAAUGAGAUUUUUUUAUAAACUUCGGGUAUUUAUUAAGUUAUGGGUUAUUUGACGUUUUUACGACUUUCACGUAGAACAUUCUAAACUGAACAUUGACAGAAUCCAAUCCUUUAUUAAAAAGAUCAUGAAUAUUAUAAAGGAUGGAAUCGGUUUAUACAGGACGUAAUCUACGGAAUGUUGUUAAUAAGUUGCACCUUGGCAAAUUCGAGUUUCGAGCAGCUCAUGACCCCAUCUAACCCCUAGUUUUUGAUUCACGACUUUUUGGCCAGCCUGUAUAUUAAGUCAUAUUUGGUACCAUAUUUCAUAUAUUUUUUGUUAUUAUUAAACACAUUGUGCCUUUUCUUUAAUUAUUAAUUUAAAAUGAAAUAUCUAUUAAUAUAAAAAAUGAGUGUGUAUGCUUUAAGGCGAAGCUAAAGAACCAAAAUGAUUUCAUAAAAAGCAUAGGUAACUUAUUGCUCAAACACUGAUAGAUUAAACUAAUAAUAUUUGAAAUAAAUAAAAUAAGUUCACUGAAGUUAUUUUUCCCUGGACAUGGAACUUGGGCCCUCCAAGUUAUCACCUUUGUAGUUGCUAUAAAAUGCAGAAUUCACACUACAAAUUAUACUGUUUUAGUAGAUUUUUUUGAGUUA